AUGACUUGCCCUGGCCGCGAUUCUAAGCUAAACAGCUUCUUGAAACUCAUGUCCACAAUGGGGCAUGUCCCGGGGCCGGAGGGCCCGAGCGAUAGAGCAUGGGGCAAGGCUAUAUAUGUGUAUCGCUCUGUACGGGUGUGUCGUCGGUUGCUGAUGAACAUCACUUUAUCGUUUAGCGUCGUGGUUCGCUUUGGCAACGUAACCUGUCUCAGCGACGGAGUACCGUUACGAGUGGGAGAGCUUGGGUCCCACAAGAGGCUCUUUCGCAAGGCUAAAAUCCUCCGGAGAGUGCUUUUAUCCACAGAAGCUAAAAAAAAAAAAGGCCAAACCCUGGGUCGCUAUGCACAAGCGGUGGGACUGCGUAUGGCCGAACUCUUGGAUUCUGGUAAGAAUAAAUUCAGUGGCCCGUUGACGGCCCCUAUUUCCAGCCCUGGAGCAGCAUCGUUUGAAACGCACCUCACUCCGGGCACCUCGAGAACCACCCGACGUGACGCAAGCUGGUCGCAGCGCUUGAAUAAAUCCACAGGAGCCAGCGUUCAUGUCUUAACGAUGCUUUUUGGUUGGACUACGAUUUUGGGUCUGGCUGCGUAUCACCCUGUACAAAAAUGGCACCCGCAUUACAAUGUGUGCUUGAAGGUAUAUAUACAGGACCGUGGUCUUGGAGUCGGUCCACGUAUAUAUACAGGACUGUGGUCUUGGGGUCGGCCCAUGGAUGCCACACCAGUGGUUUGA